GACUACAUAAAAUGCGAUUAAGAGAUUUAAGGCAAAACUGUUGUGAGGAGUAUAUAAUUAUUUCGGUUUCUAAAUAGACGUAUGGAACGUCAAUUCGAAUACUCCGCUUCAGAGACAUGGUUGAUUUUAUAAAUUAAUCCAUAACUUUACCGCCUCAACAUUCUGAAUACAAUGCAACGAACAUGAAGUUAACAAAAAUUACACGUAGCUAAACGCAGGACUUAUUUCAGUGCUGGAAAUUAUGACCACAUUCCAUAAAUUGCGUAUAUCACUGAAGGACCAGCACAGAAUUAACAGCAAAUCUCAUAACAGCCGCGUGUAAAAAUAUACCCACGCUUCAACGCUUCUGAAACAAUGUUGAGUGGAAUGGCCACGCUCUCUGACCUAGCCCAACAAGGAAACAUUGGUCCCGGUGCCACUGUCUCAUCGCUCAACCAUAACGACACUCCGACAGGGUCCUCUGCGGGUGCCGACACCUCGCUUUCCCAGGCCCCAGAAGCUCAGUGGCCAGAGUUGGUUCCAGCCAUACUCAAAGGGUUUGUGAUGGGAACAAUUAUCGUGGCGGCUGUACUGGGCAACGCCCUCGUCAUAAUAAGUGUUGUCAGACACCGAAAACUACGAAUAAUCACAAACUACUACGUCGUCUCACUUGCCUUAGCAGACCUCCUCGUGGCCCUCUGUGCUAUGACGUUCAACGCGAGCGUCGAGCUGACGGGUGGAACAUGGUUGUUCGGUUAUGUUAUGUGUGACGUGUGGAACUCUCUGGACGUGUACUUCUCAACAGCUUCCAUCCUCCACCUGUGUUGUAUAAGUGUGGACAGGUAUUACGCCAUCGUAAGGCCACUAGAAUAUCCAAUUACAAUGACUCACAGGACGGUCUGUUUCAUGAUAGCCAACGUCUGGAUGCUACCAGCUCUGAUUUCCUUUACUCCCAUCUUCCUAGGUUGGUACACGACACCGGAGCAUCAAGAGUUUCGUAAAUCAAAUCCUCACGUGUGCAUAUUUGAAGUUAAUAUCUAUUAUAUGAUGAUAUCGUCGGGCGUUUCCUUCUGGAUCCCCGGUGUCGUCAUGGUUACCAUGUAUUAUCGUAUUUAUAAAGAGGCCGUGAGGCAGAGGAAAGCUUUGUCUCGUACUUCAAGUAACAUCUUGCUGAACAGCAUUCAUCAGCGGCACACAAAUCACCACCAUCACCACAGCCAUUACCUGCACCCCAGCGACGGUGACGUCACGGUCCCACCUGGGACUGUAAGCAGUAGUGCUAACAGCAGACAGUCCUCAGUGCGCUCUGCAGCUUAUGGCACCACUGCUAAAACUGCGACCGAACUCAACAUGAACGGAACCAGCGUGAGGCAACAGAGUACAAGCUGGAGGACCGAACACAAGGCAGCUCGCACGCUGGGCAUCAUAAUGGGCGCUUUCAUGAUCUGCUGGCUUCCAUUCUUUCUAUGCCGCAAUCCAAGCAUAGUUGUCCCAGAACCGAACAGCUCUGAGAUACAGACGGAGGGGUGCUCUGUUAAAGAAGACGAUCCACCGGCAGAUCUCAACUCGAAGGCAAUUGUCGUUCCGGCAAUAAAGGUCGAGGAACCUCAGAAAUAUGAGGUUGUUGCAGAACAUCACGAUGUACCCAAAGAGUUCCUUGCUUAA